UCCUACAGGACCCAGCCUCACUGACACUGUUUUGCCAUGAUCUAAGUGACACUGUUUGGGCAACACAGACAACUCUUUUUCCACUCAGCAGGCUGUCUGCUUCGCCGUUUGACUGAGCACGUUGGAUAAAAAAUGGCUAUUCGAUACAUCAAACUCAAGUACCUGUGGAUUUAUGUAUUGAAUUAUGAAAAACUAUAGAUGAUAGAUGACAAAAAUGGAGAUUCCACUUGUGGUGAAUACGGUUGUAGGAUUGCACAAAGUUUCAACACAGGAGGCAUCUGUAGAAAGUGCUGCUAUCCCAACCAGCAACUCACUCAACCACAGACGGGAUGAUUGCCUCCCACCUGAAAACCAAAGCUCCUUGUUGGAGCCACAUGAGGAUAUACCCAGGCCUAAGAAGAUCUUUGCAUGUGUUAAUUAUGACAACACUGAAUUUGCGGAGACUGUGUGCUUUCAGGAGCCUGAACAAGUGUCAGUCGUUCCUGGCGAAGCAUCUCUGGGCAGAGCUCAACUUCUUGAAGCAAAAACUGUGCUCACAUCACCGAGGCCAGCUCAGGACUGCUGUGGUAGCUUACAUGCUCCUACAGCAGAAGUCCAGUCGGGUCAGGCGGUUCAGAAUCAUCCCUGUCAGACGUUGGAUUUAAACUGUGAAUGUGUAGAAACAGACUUCAAGAAGGUAGAGCCCAUCUCAAACGGCACCGUCCUCAACCUGGACUCCACUCCUAUGCUUGUGUUCUCUGAAACGGUUCCUGAUUCAGGCCGGAGGGUCCUGGAUCUACCGCACAUCGUGGAACACAAACAGAGCUCCAUCACUUUCUCAGACUACGCCUGUCCCUCCACAGCCAACAACUUUGUCAACGAGAGCUCAGACGAUGGAGAAUCGUCACAGGAAGAGGAGAAAGACGAGGAGGAGGAUGGUCAUCACGAUGGUGAUGGUGAUGAUGAUGAUGAUGAUGAUGUGUUCCUAGAGCUGCCCUACGGUAAAGAUCUCCUCGUCAAUUACAAACAGAGGAUCACAGGCAAAGACAAACAGAAGAAGAAAAGUUCUGGGAGCGCAAAAGUGGAAACUGAUCACCGACAGAGCAGCAGUGGUUAUGAGGCCGAAGAGGAAACAAGCAGCAAGGAGGAGUCUCCACAGUUCAAUUCUCUCUGGUCGGAGUCAAUGAGCCAGCUGAUGAGGAAACUGGACCAACUUCAUCUGGACAUCGAAGAGGCUCUUAGCGCGAGCUCGUCCCCGUCCAACACACCCUGCACCACUCGCAAGAAACAGUGGGGUGCUGUUUCAAAGUCCACGUUAAAUCAAGCCCUGAACGACCAAGCUCUCCAAAGACCAGACAGAGGGGAAUGUCAGAGCCGAGACAGGUUUUCUGCUCCUCGCAGCUCCUCACUGGGAACAAAAGCAAGAUCCAAGAAGACGAUGUUCAAUAAGAUGAUCAAUGCAGCAGGUGCAGAAAUUGAGGCGAAAGAGGCGUGUGACUGGCUGCGGGCAGCAGGAUUUCCCCAGUAUGCUCAGCUCUUUGAAGAUUCCCAGUUCCCCAUUGACAUUACCCCUGUGAAAAGAGAUCAUGACUUUCUGGACAAAGAUCUCGUGGAACCUCUGUGCAGGCGACUCAACACUUUGAACAAGUGUGCUUCUAUGAAACUUGACGUGAAUCUUCCAAAGAAGAAAAGUGAAGACUCUGAUGAAGAAGACCUGUUUGCCAUCAGUGACAAAUGGACCUUUGAGUGGAGCAGCCGGCGUUGGUCCAGGUUACAGGACAUUGACUGUCUGCUGGGAAACCACGGAGAGGGUCAGACCUCCAGGGACGGCGUGCCUCUGAGAACCACCACCAGCAGCGAGAGUGUCCUGACGGACCUCAGUGAGCCAGAGGUCUCCUCUUUGCACAGUGAGAGCAGCGGAGGCAGCGGUCAUAGGGGCCUCAGCACAGAGGACUCCGACUGCUCCAACCGCACAGAUUCUGCAGCAAUGCCAGACUCUACUUCUCUCACAAUGCCUCACAUCCCCAAAGAAUUUGCUCACUAUGGCUCACUGCCUGACAAACACGGCAAGACAGGCCGCACCCGUGCCAAAGACUUCCUGAAGCGAAUGGAGACACUGAGCUCCCGACGAACUCUGGGAAGGGGCCGCAAGGCGUUGGUCAUCAGCUCUCCGGUGCUGCAGCAGGAAGCGCGGGCGCUGAAGACGAUGCGGUGUGUCGAGAUCAUAAACGGAGAUGGUAGGGCUCCAGAACAACCGUCCAGCAAAGCUCCGCCGUCCCAGUCCGGUAGUGAAGGUAGCAGCCAUUCCAGCGGCAGCACUGUCAGCACACCCAGUCUGAAAGAGCGUAAGGCUCACAGAGCUGACUACAAGCGUAGCGGCAUGUAUUUGGAGGACAUAGACAUCUUCUCAGACACCCAAGAGAAUAAGGUUGCCGAACAAAACCGCAGAAAUGAAUUCUGCUCCUAUGAAGACCUGGUGGUCCACAUUCCUAAAGACCACAAGCCAGGGACUUUCCCCAAAGCACUGUCCAUAGAGAGCCUAUCUCCAACCAAUGGGGCCUCUAUUAACUGGCACACCGGCAGCAUGCACCUGGACGCCCCACUAAUUCCUUGCAGAAAGGAAAGCAGGCCUGUCACCCAGUGCUGCUCCAGAGGCAGCCGCAUCAGCGUGUAUGAUAAUGUUCCUGGCUCACAUCUGUAUGCCAGCACCGGAGACCUGAUAGACCUGGAGAAAGAGGACCUGUUUCCGCACCUGGAUGAUAUCUUGCUUCACGUCAAUGGUCUGCAGCAGAUAGUGGACCACUGGUCAAAAAAUGUGUUGCCGGGAGGAGAAGUGCAGGUGGACAGGGAGAGGGAAGAUAAAGUGGGCCUCCAGUCCUCUAGUCAGAUCACAUUGGACUUUGAGGGGAAUUCUGUCACAGAAAGCCAGACCACACGCAGUGACGGGGACAGAGACAAAGUAUCGCUUGCUGAGACAGAAUCUACGAGGCUCAGGGAAAGGAGGGACUCAGGAGUGGGCGCCUCGCUCACACGACCUAACAGGUUACGAUGGCCAAGCUUUCAGAUAUCUAAUCGCCUAAGUCACUCAGUGGCUUCCCUGCAGAUUACAAACCAGUCGGCAGGCCAGCUGAGUUUGUUACAGAAGUUUUCUCUGCUGCGUCUUACUGCAAUCAUGGAGAAAUACUCCAUGUCCAACAAGCAUGGCUGGACUUGGUCUGUACCAAAGUUUAUGAAGAGAAUGAAGGUACCAGAUUAUAAGGACAAGAAUGUGUUCGGAGUUCCUCUCAUUGUUCAUGUGCAGCGUUCGGGACAACCCCUGCCCCUCGGCCUGCAGCAGGCCCUGCGGUACCUGAGGAGCCAGUGUCUUGACCAGGUGGGUCUUUUUCGUAAAUCAGGAGUGAAAUCUCGAAUCCAAGCUCUGAGGCAGAUGAAUGAAAACUCUCCAGACAAUGUAAACUAUGAGGAUCAGUCUGCUUAUGAUGUGGCCGACAUGGUGAAGCAGUUCUUCAGAGAUUUACCCGAACCUCUGCUCACCAGCAAGCUGGGGGAGACCUUCCUCCACAUCUACCAGUAUGUGCCCAAGGACCAAAGGUUGCAAGCCGUACAGGCGGCCAUCAUGCUGAUGUCAGAUGAAAACCGAGAGGUGCUGCAGACACUUCUCUGUUUCCUCAGUGACGUCACUUCGUCUGUGGAGGAGAACCAGAUGACACCCAUGAACAUUGCUGUGUGCCUGGCCCCCUCCCUCUUCCACCUCAACAUACUGAAAAAAGACAAUCUCUCACCAAGGGCCAUGCAGAAGAAAUAUGCCACAGGCAGACCAGACCAGAAGGAUCUGAAUGAAAACUUAGCAGCAACACAGGGCCUUGCUCAUAUGAUCAUGGAGUGCAAUCGUCUCUUUGAGAUCCCUCAUGAGAUGGUUACUCAGUCGCGUAAUUCGUACGUGGAAGCUGACUUGCAUGCACCGACAAUUGACGAGCUGUGCAAGCAGCUGGAAGAUGAUGAUGGAACAUACCAAACACAUAUGGAGGGGAGACUUCAGAACCUGCUCAAAGAGGCCCGGGAAAAGUCCAAAUACUGGGUGUCAUGCAGCAGCUCUGACAACACAGAACUCUACUAUAAGAAGGUGGGAGAUGGGAACCCUUUGAGACGUUGGAGAGUGUCUGUGGAGGUGGAAGCACCACCAUCUGUAGUGUUGAACCGGGUGCUGCGAGAGCGCCACCUGUGGGACAUGGACCUGCUUCAGUGGAAAGUGUGUGAGACACUGGACAAGCAGACAGAAGUGUUUCAGUAUGUCCUCAAUCGCAUGCCCCCUCAUGCCAGCAGGGACUUUGUGGUUCUCAGGUCAUGGAGGACAGACUUGCCAAAAGGCGCCUGCUCCCUGGUGUCUGUGUCUAUAGAGCAUGAAGAUUGUUCUCCUAUAGGAGGGGUACGAGCUAUAGUCCUGGAGUCCAACUACCUGUUGGAGCCCUGUGGCUCAGGAAAGUCCAGACUGACUCACAUCUGCAGAGUGGACAUGAAGGGAAGGACUCCAGACUGGUACAACAAAGCCUUUGGUCACCUUUGUGCUGCAGAAGCUGCCCGGAUCCGCAACUCCUUUCAGCCGCUAAUCACAGAUGGCCCCGAGACCAAAAUCUGAAAUUCUUCGCCAUUUGUGUCUGCUCAGCCUUGAGAUCAAGAUUGAGCCUUUGAGUCAUUGCUAACAGGCAGACACAAAAGCACAGACAGGACCCCAGAACUAAAGCACAGUUUAUUGUUUGUAUUUCUGAGUACAAAUGCUCUGAGAGUAAUGUUAAGCUCCUCUGUACUUGCACAAUAAUAAAGAGGACAUCUUAUAGGUGCUGAGCAUAAUUAUUCAAUGGGAAAUUAAUCAUCCUGCCAAUGUUCUUGACGUUAGGAUUUUAUUUACCGUUAUGUUGCUAAACCUGUAUGUUAUGAUAAUUAUUAUCUUUAAUAAUAUUAUUGUGUUAUUGUUACUAUAAUCUACAAUGUCUAGGACAUUCAAGCUCUUAAAUGCUUCCGGGAAGCAUGUAUAUGUUAUUCAUGUCAGAUUUAAAGCUAUAAUUAUUAUGAUGUACACUCAAGUGUCUGUAUAUAUGUGUGUGAAUAUCAUGUAAAUGCAAACGACAUGUAUAUAUUGUACAUAUGUGAAGGGGUAAAUAGUACAUAUGUUAAUUCGCUAUAUAUUGAAUCUUUAACUGUGUCAACCUUCCUGUAAUACACGUGGUACAAAAUUGUAAGCUGGUUUUACUUUGCUUCAGUAUUGCCAUUUUGGAAUGGGUGUAAUUUUAUUAAACUUUGACCUCCAGUGGUUGUGAAAAGAAUGACUUAAGGUUUGACUCGAUCAUACCUGCUUUAGGGUACUGGAUUGUGCAGUCAGGUACCAGAACAUCAUUUUUUUAAAAAUAAAACUAUCAAAAUUGUAAAA